CUGACACAUCUGGAGUCUCUUCUACCACGCAAGAAACUUCUUUUGCGCAUUUAUUCCACGCUCAACCACGAAGUCCUUUUACGCUCCAACCGGUGUGCUUUGUUUCGGACUCUUUUGUGCGUUUUUUUGGACUCUCUUGGAGACUACUCGCUUUUUUUUUGUGGCGGGGAGUGUGCCACGCGUGGAAGUGGCCGUGGCUGGACGUGAUGAGUGUAAAUGACGCUAGUGGCGCGCCCCCCACUUCCACUUUCACGGUUGCCAGGCAAAGUGACGCUUCGCCUCAAGGCAAAUUGAUGCGUAAAAGUUUUAUUUUUGUUUAAAAAAUAAAAAAUAAAACAGAGAUCUCAACUUUAGCGUGGGACCAUGCUUCUUCUGUGGACCAUCACCAUGGAUGGUGGCAUGGGGAGCAACCUUGUCAGCUGAGUGACACUCCAAUUUCUUCUCUUGCAUUUAUUUUUACCUAAGCGUUUUGGGGAAGUGGCGUUCGGACUAAACGGUUCCAUACUGAAGGGUUUAAGUCUGAGGGGGGAAUUUUUUUUUCUUCCAUUUUUUUCUAUUUAAAAAAAAAUCUAAAAAUAAAACGUCGGUUUCUUCCCUACAAAGACUCAUUUGAAAUUGCCACCGCAGAGCCAGAGCGACAUAAAUAGUCCUGACAUGUGGAUGUAAUUUCACAGGAGGCAAGGGGAGGGACGGAUACAAAGUGAGCAUAUAGAUUAUAGGAAAUUAAAGCCUAGCUGCUGGAUUAUAGAGUUAUGAUUUCUCUCGCAUAAGCAACCGGGGCGCCAGAUGGAGUGAAAAAAAAAUGUUUCUCAUUCUGCUUUGAGGACAGUUAAGUCGAUUAAGUAAUUCAAAUCUAAGCAUCAUCAGCAUCUUUUGGAGCCCUGCCAGGACUUGAGAGUGGGGAAGUGUGACUGGUAGCAGGUCAUCAGUGAUGGGAUCCACUGUGCUCGUACUCCGCAAUCUGGAUUUGCUUUUCAUCUCACUGCUCUGCACUUUCUGCCUGGCACAUGCAGACGAUGUCCUCACUAAAGAGGAGCAGAUUGCACUGCUGUUCAAAGCCAAGCGAAAGUGUGAAAGCCUCAUCAAGUCAAGGCACAAAGUUCCUGAUGGCUACUGUGCAUCAGAAUGGGAUGGCAUUGUGUGCUGGCCUGAAGGAGCUUCGGGAAAGCUGGUGUCCACCGCAUGCCCAGAGUACAUCUAUGACUUCAAUCAUAGAGGACGGGCUUACCGCCGCUGUGACAACAAUGGAACAUGGGAGCUCUCCACGGUUAACAACAAGACAUGGGCCAAUUACAGUGAAUGUGCAAGAUUCCUUUCCCAUUACAACCAGAACCACGAGAAGGACGUCUUCCACCGCUUGUACCUCAUCUACACCGUGGGUUACUCCGUCUCCCUAGGGUCGCUCAUGGUGGCGGUGGUCAUCCUGGGAUAUUUCCGACGAUUGCACUGCACCAGGAACUAUAUACACAUGCAUCUCUUCGUGUCCUACAUGCUGAGAGCUGUAAGCAUUUUCGUGAAGGAUGUGGUGCUCUAUUCGGGAUCCGCCUUGGAAGUGGAGGAGCGUGUCACAGUAGAAGACCUCAAAUCCAUCACUGAAGCUCCCCCGUCCAACAAAGCCCACUUUAUUGGCUGCAAGGCAGCUGUAACAUUGUUCAUGUACUUCCUGGCCACCAACUACUACUGGAUCCUGGUGGAGGGUCUGUACCUGCACAGCCUUAUCUUCAUGACCUUCUUCUCAGACCGAAAGUACCUGUGGGGGUUCACUCUGAUCGGAUGGGGCGUGCCGGCUGUGUUUGUGAGCAUCUGGGCAACAGUGAGGGCCACUUUUGCAGACACAGAGUGUUGGGAUUUAAGUGCAGGCAAUUUGAAAUGGAUAUAUCAAGUCCCUAUUCUGGCAGCUGUUGUGGUGAAUUUUAUGUUAUUUCUGAACAUCAUUAGAGUCUUGGCAACCAAACUGCGAGAAACCAAUGCUGGAAGGUGCGACACAAGACAGCAGUACAGAAAACUGCUGAAGUCCACGUUGGUGCUUAUGCCUUUGUUUGGUGUGCACUACAUCAUAUUCAAUGCCAUGCCGUACACAGAGGUUUCUGGAAUUCCUUGGCAGAUCCAGAUGCACUAUGAGAUGCUCUUCAACUCUUUCCAGGGAUUCCUUGUGGCAAUCAUAUACUGUUUUUGCAACGGGGAGGUUCAAGCUGAAAUCAAGAAGUCAUGGAGUCGGCGGACUCUGGCGUUGGACUUCAAGAGGAAGGCGCGCAGCGGCAGCAACACGUACAGCUACGGGCCCAUGGUGUCGCACACCAGUGUCACCAAUGUUACCGCCAGGGGUCCACACGCCCUUCAUCUCACCACUCGGCUGGGGCCGACGCCUGUCAACGGUCACCGCAACCUGCCAGGCUACGUCAAGAACGGCUCCGUUUCCGAGAACUCUGUAGUCGUGUCAGGCCAGCAAGAGCCCCACGCUGCUGCUGAGGAGCAGCAGGCUUCUGCGCCUUUACCGCCCUGCGAGGAGGAGAAGAAGCCGUCGCCUGUGGUGGUGGUGGUGGCGGAGGAGAGGGAAACGGUCAUGUGACCUCUCAGUUGGUUCACCCGCAUAACAGUGAAUGUCUAACAGUCUGAAAACAGGCUGUUAUUUAUUUUUUACUUGCUUUACGUCCACUGCCAUCAUUUUUUGUGAUCUUUUUGUGCAGAGACUGAAGUUGCCAGGUAACAGCCUUAACCAGGUCAAAGUAGAUAUAUAUUUGAAGGUUUGGUUUCAAAAUGUUUGAAAAAAAAAAAUCAGUGUUAAAGCAGAAAACACUCAGGUAAUUGCAUUCCCUCAGCUGGUGUUUCUACUUUUAUUGUUAAGAAGCAUUUUUGUGAACAUUUCUGCUACUCAUGAGUCCUUUCUAAGUACAACUGAAUGUGUCAAGUAUUACCCCCAAUAACAUUUCAACUUUUGCUUGGCAACUCUAAAACUGGUCUGCAAAUACCCUUGGAAUUCCUUGUGGCAUCAUGGUGCAAGUGGACAAUAACACAUUUGUACAAAUAAAAUCCAGUGCUAUAUAUGCUGCUUAUUGAUGUACAUACGAGUCACAAUGUUUACAAAGACUUUCUAAUUGUGAGCUAAUGUUGUCUUUUUGCCAAUAUGAGGGUUUUUUUUGUGUGUAUAGUUUUUCUUUUAUGUGACCGCAUCGGUGAUAUUUACAAACAAGCAUUAUGACAUUCCGUGGGAGAUCUUAAAAGCUGCCGCUGCACUUGUGCUUUGGUUGUAUUACAGAGUAGCACAAAGAGAAUACAAAUUAUUUUGUGUACACCAACCAAAAAGUCUUAAUUCUGCAGUUAAAUGCUGUACUGGUGAUCAAUGUGUUGGUGUUAUAAAAACAGCAGUCCAAUUAUAAAGAGCAUGUUUUAACCCUCUAACCUCCACAUAACCUUCCAACAUUUCCAUAUGUCAACAGACCCAAAUUGUAAAGAUAAGAACAAAAAAAAGCCUUUAUUCAUAUGAUUUAUGGAAUUUUGUACAAAAAAAUAAAUGUAACGUGAUUACAGUGGAAACUCGAAUUUCCAACUUAAAUGUGGUGUCCCUCUUUGGCUUCAAACUACACUUUUUUCAACCAAAAAUUGAAAUAUAUGUUACCAAUAUUGGUUUAAAACAACAAAAUUGGCCACAUAAAUGAAUCACAAUUGAAGUUAAACUUUACAGAAAUUUUGUUUAGCGUUCAUGGCUACCCCAAAUUUUGUUGGAAUCCAAAAUUUGGAACCUCAGAGGCAAUCAACUCGAGAAACAUAGUUUUCCCAAAAAUGUGGUUGAAGUCAAACAUGUGUAAUUUUGAGGUUCCACUGUAGUAGAAAACUGACUUAUUCCACGUUUUGGAUUAGUUGUUUUACUGUGAUGAUGUUGCAAAAAUUUGAAAAGCUGUUAGAGCUUUUUAAAGCCCAAAAUGAUUGCAUUUCUUGGCCAUCUUUCUAUACAUCUUUAACUAAGAGUGCAGUACCAGAGCGUGGGUGUCUAGUAUUACUACAGAAGCACUUUAUCAUCAUUAUUCAUCUCUACAUCUAAUACAGUAUUCUCUUCUGAUUAUCUCAAAUGAUUGUGGUUUUUACCGGUUGAUAAAACGUAGAGCUAAAGGUCAAAGUUCAUGAAUGAUACCUCUGAUGGAAGAAUUGAAGAGUUGUCAUAUGUGUUUUAUUAUCCUGUUGCCAUAGAGAUGUGUACAUAUCAGUGUAAAGUGUAUACAAUGUUGCAGUGUGACAAUAAAAGGUAU